CGCCCCUCACCCCAGGUACCGCCCGUGGGGCGCAGGCCAAGUCGCGUGUGUCCCGGUGGCCGCGGACGUGGGCGCGUGCUCCGGUGUGGCCCGGGUGUGGCUCCGGGUCGGGCUCCGAGCGGCCGAGAUCCUCACGCAGAGCAGCCUCCGGACGCGUUCGCGCAGAACUGAGAGAAGAGAACACCGUUUUUCCUGGUACGUGAGGAACGAGCAUUUAUGUCCGUGUCGGAUGGUCACUUGCACAGCUGCAGGCAGGGACGUGGGGACGAGCACUGAGCGAGAGGAGCGUGCCAUCUGUCCUCAGUGCAGUCAGGAUGGGCCCCAUGGGCAAACAGAGCCCCUCAUCCCUGCCAGUCCCCACGGGCGGGUCUUGCCUCCUCUUCCUCUUCUGCCUGCGCCUGGGCACCUCCUGCCCACAGAGCUGCCAGUGUCCUGACCACGCCGGUGCCGUGGCCGUUCACUGCAGUGAGAGGGACCUGCAAGAGAUUCCCCAGGAUAUCCCUGCCAACGCCGUGCUCCUGAAGCUCGAUGCCAACAGAAUCGCCCGCGUCCCCAACGGAGCCUUCCAGCACCUGAGCCAGCUGCGAGAGCUGGACUUGUCUCGGAACGCCAUCGAGACCGUCGGCCCCGCGGCCUUCGCGGGCUUGGCCGCGGGCCUGCGGCUGCUGGACCUGUCUCACAACCGCAUCCGCAGGAUCCCCAAGGACGCCCUGGGCCAGCUCAGUGCCAAGGUGCGCCUGGCUCACAACCCCCUGCACUGCGAGUGUGCCCUCCAGGAGGCCCUGUGGGAGCUGAAGCUGGACCCCGACUCGGUGGACGAGAUCGCCUGCCACAGCUCGGAGCAGGAGGAGUACGUGGGCAAGCCGCUGAUCCAGGCUCUGGACGCCGGCGUCAGCUUCUGCAGCGUCCAGCACAAGACCACCGACGUGGCCAUGCUGGUCACCAUGUUCGGCUGGUUCACCAUGGUGAUCGCCUACGUCGUGUACUACGUGCGACAGAACCAGGAGGACGCCAGGAGGCACCUGGAGUACCUGAAGUCCCUGCCCAGCACCCCUGCCGCCAAGGACCCCCUCAGCCCCGCCCCCUAGUGCCGCUGAGCCCCGGCACUCUUGUGACGCUUGGUCUUGGUAUCCCCCUGGGGUGGCAGUCACAGCUACUUCUGUGUAGUGCUCUUUGGGACAAAGCUCUUUCUGGAAUUGCACUUCAUCACUGUGACACCUUUCGAGUCCAGUCAUUUUGCCAUCAGACCCAUUGACGGAGGAAGAAACCGAAGCUCAGAGAAAGGGACUGACUUGUCCACGACGACAGUCAGGCAGUGGUCCAGUGGGCGACGUUCAUGUCCCUCCCAUCCUGUGGGCCUCUCCCACGUGGCCCGUGGCAGCGAAAGCAUUCAGAGAAGGGAGGGCUGUGCUCAUGGGUCUGUGGUUCCCGUGCUUUGGGGUGCAGAUUCGUCUGUGGAAGACACAGGAGACCCUGUGGAACUGACACGCUCUGACCCCUGGUGUUUCCUGUACACAGUUGACCACAGAACUCGCCAGCGCAAAGCAGUGGUGACCAGGGCUUUCCAGGGAGAGAAGCGAGUGAAAGUGUGCUCAAACUCACUGUCAACAACUGUGCUUAUUUUCAGAAUGUUUGUGAAGAGAGACACUGUACCCAAAUUUCAGUCCAGUGAGAGGGAAAUAAUCCCCCAAAUCCCAAACCAGAAACACCAUGGAGAGAAACCUGAGGACGGGCCAGAGUGGGUCCUGGGGCGGUGUCAGUGGGCGACACGUUCGGCCCUGGCCUGCUUCCUGCUGUGUUGUCUGUGCCUCGUGUGUGGGAAGGCCUGUCCCCUAUGGUCACCGCCGUGCCUUGCUGUUCUGCUCAGACACCAAAGCAGCUCCUUUCAAAGGACAGGGGGACUGAUGUCUGAUGUCUCCAGGCCAGUCAACGGGACACCUACUUUUCUCCAGCAACAACCUGCCUCUCCCUCUCUCACCUUCUCCCUCUCCCUCUCCACCCGCCCACCUCUGCUCCCAAGAACCUCAGAGCUCACUGAGUGCUCUGUUUUCUUACCUGUGAUACUUCACGAUCAGCGUGGACGUUACCUCCUUCUGUGUGACUCUGAUCCAUCUUUCCAAUUUUAUUUGUUACUGUCUUUUUGUAUUUAUAUUUUAAGUGUUUAUAUUUUAAGCCACUUCAGAUAUUUUGGGGGGAAGCAAAUAGGGAAAAAUUGCUAUGAACUGAAGGUACAAAGGACAGACGCCCCACCUAGCAGAAGCUUAGAAAGGAUUCACAGUGGGGGGGGGUUUGUGCCUGGAACGUAGUGACCCGAAGUGGGAAACGAACAUGGGGCCGCAGUCACCCCUUCAGCCUGAGACCCGAAGGCCCGUGCGGACAGGGACGUGGCUCUCAGUUGUGGCGCAUUAAACAGAACCCAGCAGCGGGUUCCAAACGCCCUGCCACACUCGAGGCCCCGCGCCUGUGUCCCCGCGCCUGUGUCCCCGCGCCUGUGUCCCCGCGCCCAGGCCAGCUGGCAGGGCUCACACUUGCUGCUCCACAGUCACCAGUGCACAGGGAGCUGACAGCCUCACCGUUUUCCAAUGACAGCUAAGACCAAGCAGCCAGUCUUAGCGUCGGUCCACUCGUGUGACAAAUCCCACGUAGAGGAGGCAGGCGCUGCUGUUGGCUGAGCAGCAGGACACAGGCUCCUUGGUGAUUUGGGUCCCCUUCCCCGUCCAUCCAACAGGCACAGGGUGGGGACAGGGGUCCCACCUCACAAGGAACUUGCCACCUGAUGGGGUUUCCUGAUGGAUGUGACCCUGGGUCAGAGGAAGAGAGUGGAACCGGCCUCGUGGCAGAGGGGGAAUGGCAGGGUCCUGCCAGGGCCACUUGUGUCCUGUGGGUGCUGGUGGCCUCGGCACUUGGGGGGCCCUGUCCUUGCUACUAGGAACUCUGUGUGCUCCUACGCCAAAAUCAGCCCAGAUCCUGGAUGCCACCCACACAUGGCCCUGCAGGGGCUCCGGGGGUGGAUGGGGCUACUUCCCUCCCCACCCUUAGCUGGCCCCCAGCCCUAAGCCGCCUUCCCCUUGAUGCUGGGCAGGGGGCUGGGUGAGGACCAGAGCCCCUCCUUCUCCUGAGCCCAGAGUCGGGGUUCUGCUGGCCCUCCUGGCCUUUCUGGGCCCCUCGCCCCUUUGUGCAGUCUCCCAGGGGAGGACAGCUUCCUCCGAGGAAGACCAGCAGGACCUCAGCUCCGAGACGCCAGCUCCCUCCUGCACCUUGCUCCAGGAUCUGGGCUGCGGGUCCUCCCCAGGUGCAUUUGCGGGAGACUUUGAUCCUGACUGAAUUACCUGGGGCGGAGGCGGGGCUGCUGGCACAGGCAGUGGUGGAGGCAGAAUGUUCUGGACUUGAAGCCAUGGCAAGAGCCUGGGGCGGCUCCUGGAGUCGUCCUCCUGAAGGUCCGUCCAGUCUGAUCCUACCGUCCUCCCCACCCUGAGGAAACCCUCAAUAAGCCUCGUUGUGCUUAAAUCAGCUGGAGUGGGUUCUGCUGUUGGCACCAGCGACCCAGGCUCCUCACUGCAAACUCGGCCACGUGACCAGGUUGCCAGACCUGCAGCCCAUGGUGUGGAGGAGCUGGGUCAGGGGUGAGGCCAAAUCACACAGCCUGUGGCCCGGUGUGGAGGUCCGCGGUCACCGCCAGGCCUCUGGGUGACGUGGGCUGGCUGCCCACUGGGAAGGUGGCAGUCACGAAGUCACUAGACAGCAUGUACUGGGCUGGAGGGGAAAUGACGAACACAGGAGUCGGCUUCUUUGGGGCAGAGCUGACGCCCAGGCCUGGAAGUUCUCACUCCAGGAAACGCGGGCCCUGGAGCACUGUCAACACAAGGAGGUGAGUCCUCGGCUGAGCCCCAGAUGGAAGGAAGGCCAGCGUGUGAGGCAGGGCGGCCCAGGCUCGAGGUCCAGUGUGGGGUAGCGGAGCCAAGAGCCUGGGGCACUGCAUCUGUAACCAUGGCAAUGACACUGGUGGGAAGGGAGCGGGCACGGGGUUGGCUGCCGGCCUGGUGACCAGGCACAGCUCGCAGUUUUCCCCAGAGUCCUGUGCAAAAGAAGGUGGAGAAGCAGCGUCCCAGACUGACGAGUCCACUGGGCUAAACCUCCCUGUGAGUCCAGCUGCUGGGCUGUCGCUGGGAGGGCUCCAGGAGCAGCGAGGGAGAGAGAGACGGGGGGUAGGUGGAGAGUGGUUGCUUGACCAGGAAGCUGAUUUCAGAGGCAACAUCAGCAGCCAGCCUUACGGAUGGGGAAACUGAGGCACAGAGCGGUGAGGGGACUUGCCCAAGGGCCAGGACCCCAGCACAGCUGAGGUGCUACCCCUGCCAGGCCCCACCAGGCACCUCCAUCCAUCCCAGUGAGCUGGAGGGGCAGCCACUAUCCAGCACCCCGCGGUCUCACGUUCAACUGCCACCCCAUCUGCGCCCUCUCCUGGA